CAUGCAUAAUUAAAAAUAUGUCUAUUUUUGGGAAACCAGAACCUUUUUGAAGUUCAUCUGUACUCAAUUUCAAAGGUUUUUUUGGCAAUUGUAUGGAUUGGCGCUUUAAUGUAUUCAAUAUAACUUAAAAGUCUUCAGGAAGAUUUUAAAAACUUAAUGUUCCCAAGACAGACACACUUGAGGGGCCACUUGAAUUAAACAACUUAAUUUUCCCAAUCAUCGAAAUGAUCCUCACAUGAUGUUAGUAUUUGUACCUUCGUCUAUAUCAUGAAGAAAUAAAAAUAGAGCUUUUUCACACAGAAAGAAAAAAAUUCCCACGAAAGACACAAAAAGAAGAAAAAAAAUUUCUUGUGAGUUUUAAAAUUAUCGUUUUGAAAAUUUACUGGAUCAGUUGUUUAAUAUCUUUCGUUUAGUUAAGUUCAGAGCAAAUUUCUAGUUUUACGUUUAACAUUUUACGAACGAAUUUAAUUUAAUUUUUUUGUUUGAAGCAAGAAACCCACAGAAAAGCAGCAAAAUGUUCAAGAGCCAUCUCGCCAUGAUUGGGUUCAACGAAUCCCCAAACAAAAAAGCCAAAUUCUGGCAAUCAUAUAUCAGAUCCUUGAAGGGAUCUGAGGAUAUCCGUGCCCACGAAGGACGUGAAGAUUUCCGCACACCAUUCACAAUCUACGAUGAACCAAGCACUGCAGCUGGCAGAAUUACCGUUCCAGGAUAUCGCUAUUUACCUGUACACAGAGAAACUUACGGAUACUCACCAAGAGCUAUCUACAGCCGUCCAUCCCAACGUCCACAGAGCCUCCACAAAGCUCCAGUGAAUGCUCAACAAGCCUGGGAUGACCAUGCAGAGCGCAUGAAGGAAUUGGAACGCAGAUACCCAUCACGUUACGGUUUAUAUCUCCGAGACAAACAUGCUCCAAUUGUAAUCAAUGAAGAAUAUGAGCCUGAAACCAAACCAAAGCACUAAACUAUUCAUUUGAACAAAAAAAGUGAAGAAAUUUUUUUUUAAAUUAGAUCUUUUCAAAUAAAAAAAUUGAAACAACAAGAACAAAAAAAAAAAGAAAUUAUAUUGUUAACGUGUCUUCUGCAUAAACCAUGAAUUUAAAAAAACAAAAUUACAAAAACAUCGUCGUCCUCUCUCUUUCUCUACUUUCAAAAUUAAUUUGCUGCUUCAAUUGUCAUCUUAUUGAAUGCACCCGAGCCCAACAUCGUAAAGUAUAAAGAACGAAUAUAAAAGUCUCUACGUGUCUCUAAAUAUAAAUAUACAUACAAUAUAUAAUUAAUUUAACAUAAAUGAAAAUUAAUAUUUUUUUUUCUAUUUUUCAUCGUCUUAUGUGAAGAAAAUUUAAUGGCGAGAUAAUCUAUAUUUUUUCAUUAAGUUAAUAAACAAAAAAAAAAAUUAAAAUAUUUUUAUGAUUUUCGAUUUGCCGCUUUGCGUUUCGCUGAAUACAAAAAAAAGUUAAAAAUAAUACACAAAAAAAAAUCAAAAAAAAUGUAACUUAUGAAAUAUUAUUUUUUGUUAAACAUAAACACUUUUAUUGUACACAGAUUUGCAUUAAAAGAAUUAAAUUAAAAAAAUCUAGUAAAAAACCAAAAAAAAAAAAACCAAAAACAAAGGUAGUGUCUCAAUCUCUCUCACCUACACCCUCACGCGAUGCAAAUUUUUUGACUCUGAGCACUCUUUAAGCGAAAA